CUGCUCUGCUGGAUCCCGCACGCGGGCUGCGAGGAGCGCACAGCGCAGAGCCAGUGCGGGGGCCCCCAGCUCCCCCAGGCCCUGCCCGCCCCGGCCUCGCUCCUCGCCUCCUGCCGAGAGGGGGCUCUUGGCCCCGAGGACCAGCCCGCGGCGGGCCCCGAACUUCCCUGGAAAGGGAACGGCCGGGGAGGAGACCGCGCAGAGCCAUGGACCCCGUGAGCCAGCUGGCCUCGGCGGGCACCUUCCGGGCGCUGAAGGAGCCCCUCGCCUUCCUGCGAACCCUGGAGCUGCUUUUUGCAAUAUUUGCAUUUUCAACAUGCGGUGGCUAUUCUGGAGGCCUGCGGCUGAGUGUGGACUGUGUCAACAAGACGGACAGUGACCUCAGCAUUGACAUAGCGUUUGCCUACCCCUUCAGGUUGCACCAGGUGACAUUCGAGGUGCCGACCUGCGAGGGAAAGGAGCGGGAGAAGCUGGCGCUGACCGGGGACUCCUCGUCUUCAGCAGAGUUCUUCGUCACCGUGGCCGUCUUUGCCUUCCUCUACUCCUUGGCCGCCACCGUCGUUUACAUUUUCUUCCAGAACAAGUAUCGGGAGAACAACCGGGGCCCGCUCAUUGACUUCGUCGUCACUGUAGUCUUUUCGUUCUUGUGGUUGGUGGGUUCAUCAGCAUGGGCGAAAGGACUGUCUGAUGUCAAGGUCGCAACGGAUCCCAAAGAAGUGUUGUUACUGAUGUCAGCCUGCAAACAGCCAUCCAACAAGUGCAUGGCUGUCCACAGCCCCGUGAUGUCCAGCUUAAACACGUCUGUGGUCUUUGGAUUCUUGAACUUCAUUCUCUGGGCUGGAAACAUCUGGUUUGUUUUCAAGGAGACCGGCUGGCAUUCCUCAGGACAAAGAUAUCUUCCAGACCCAAUGGAGAAGCACUCAAGCAGCUAUAACCAAGGCAGGUACAACCAAGAGAGCUAUGGGUCCGGAGGCGGGUACAGCCAGCAGGAGAGUUUGGGGCCAGCCUCUGAUGAGUUUGGCCAACAGUCCAGUGGCCCCGCCUCCUUCAGCAAUCCGAUUUAACAGGGUAGUAUUUGCAUUCCUCUGGAGAUAGCCUCGCCAUCUUCCAGUGGCAGGAGAAUUUUUAUGUAUUUCAAUCACUUAUUCAUGCAGAGAGUGUUGAAUGUAAAUCAGAGAUCUGUAAUCCUCAUUAAGGCAGAAAGGCUGUGUCAUGAUAAACGGUACUUAAAGACAAGAUGACAUGAGGAGAUAUGUCAUUCAUCAAAGAUGGCUAAUUGGAUAUUGUACCUUGUUAUAUACACAGCUACAUGGUUGUUUUGUAUGUGUGUUGAGAUAGUAGAAAUAUGUUGUAGUUUAAAGUCUCUAGUAUGUAAUAUGCAUAAAGUAAAUUAAAUAGCACUGAGUUUUCCUAUGCAUUUUGCUGCAAAAGUCAUUUUAAUGAUCUCUAUAAGACAAUUUGGUGUAUCUCAAUGUGCAUGUAGUAUUAUUUUGAGGUGUAGGCCCUAUAGGAUUAAGUCUCAAGUAUUUGUUUCAGACAGUUACUCUUGGUUUUUUUUUUUUUUUACUUGAUAAAUCGAUACUCAUAUGAUUUAGUGCAUGAAUAGGCAUUUUUCUCACAAAAUGAACAUUUCAAUGGAAUUUAUGACAAUUUUCCAGUUUGCACCAUGAAUUUGUUAAAUGGAUGUUCAAAAAAAUAUUCAUACUUUGUAUACUUGUAAAUUUGUCUCUCUGGCUUCUCCAGUUCUGAAUGCAUUGUAACUAAGGUUCGGGGUUCUUCUAUCCCUAUUAGUAGAUAUUCAGUGUUAAUAUAUGGUGAUUACCCAAUAUAUAUUCUAUUUACUUAGCUAAAUAUUUACAUUCCUGUAACUUUCUAUGGUAUUUUGUGGAUCUUAUCCUACGGGCCAAGAACAAAAGGCCCAAGAACUUUUUGUGUUUAUAAAGUGCUGUUUUCUUAGAAUAAUAGAGAUGUAGAUAUCAGAAAUCAUAGUCAAGAAGCUAUUGUGUUAACAUAUUAAAGAAGAUAUUCUGCAGGACCUAAAUUACCAACUAAACUUUUAAAACCUAUUUAUUUAUAAAGUUAAUAUGUUCAUCAACUCAAUUAUUAAAAAUUCUCAAGCCUCAACUCAACUUACUAAUUCUAAUUUGAAUGUUACCCAUUAAUUAGAAAUUACUUCCAAAAGCCACUCCAUAUUCCAAAGAGGGUUCUCAUGAAAGAUCCCCCAGAAUGAAUACAUUAUGAAGAAAAUGCCAAUCUUUGCUUCUUUGUUUUAACUCAAUUGAAACACGAGGGCCCAACAGUGAGGGAAAGCUGUAUUUCUAAACAAAAGUUGGUAUCAAUGUAGUGAACUCAUUGUAUGAUCUGUGAUGUUGAAAACAUUUAAACACAAAACAAUGUUAGAUGAUAUCUGUAACCAAUUUCUGGAUCCUGUUGGAUAAAUCUGUAUUGUGAUAUCUAUUUGAUCUUAAUAAAGUUAUUGCAUACAAUG